AUGGAGAGUGGGCUAAGCGAGAUCGGAAGCACGAAGAUGUUCGAUGGCUUCAACAAAAGAUACAAACACUACAGUGAGACACUUGGCUGUUCCAUGACUUUCUCCAUCUACUUCCCUCCUUCUUCUACCUCAUCUUCCCGUAAAUUCCCUGUGCUUUACUGGCUCUCUGGUCUCACUUGCACUGAUGAGAACUUCAUUAUUAAGUCCGGUGCUCAACGUGCUGCUUCUACUCGCGGCAUUGCUCUUGUUGCUCCAGAUACUUCUCCAAGUGAGCCACAUUAUAUAAUGUCUUUGCUUGUUUACCCGGUUUGUAUUGUAACCAUCUGGGUUUUGAUAUUUGUAGGAGGACUGAAUGUUGAAGGGGAAGCAGAUAGUUAUGACUUUGGUGUAGUAGGAGCUGGGUUUUACCUCAAUGCUACUCAGGAGAAGUGGAAGAACUGGCGUAUGUAUGACUAUGUAGUCAAAGAGUUGCCGAAACUCCUGAGUGAGAACUUUUCCCAGCUUGACACAACUAGGGCAUCUAUCUCUGGACAUUCCAUGGGUGGACAUGGAGCACUUACUAUUUACCUGAAGAACCUAGACAAGUAUAAGUCUGUGUCAGCAUUUGCACCAAUUGCCAAUCCCAUAAACUGCCAGUGGGGACACAAAGCAUUCACCAAUUAUCUAGGUGAUAACAAGGCUGCUUGGGAGGAGUACGAUGCCACUUGUCUUAUUUCAAAGUUCAACAAUCUGUCUGCCACUAUUCUUAUUGAUCAGGGAGAAAACGACCAGUUCUUCCCAGAUCAGUUAUUGCCAAACAAGUUUGAAGAGGCAUGCAAGAAAGUUAAUGCGCCGCUCUUACUGCGUAUGCACCCAGGAUACGACCACUCCUACUAUUUUAUUGCCACCUUCAUCGAAGACCACAUCACUCACCAUUCUCAAGCCCUUAAGCUGUAG